AUGUUAAUUGCUUGGGAUCUGUUAACAAAUCAAUUAAAGAAGGAUAUUAAAGUGGAUAAAAAGUUAAUUCCUACUUAUCAUCCUUAUAAUUCAAACAGGAUUCCAACAAGAGAAGCGGUUGAAGAAUUUGACGCUAACGAUAGGAAGGUGGUGACUCAUCUUGCUAAAGAUGAUAAGAUGAAGGGAGCAAUUUCAAUGCUUUCAACAACAGAUUCCUUCGUCGAAAAUUCAAGAAUUUGCAUGAUCGCGACAACACCAAACAUUUCGAAUAUUAGACACACAUUAAAUACUUUGAGAUAUGCUGACAGGUAA